AGUUCGGCUUAUCACUAGUCGGUUGUCGUUCGUUUUCGUAGUUUUCGUGAUCGAAUAUUAUUAUUUUUACCGUGUGUGUUUGUCCGGCCAAACAAUAAAUAGGUCCUUAUCAAACAUUCAUUUUGAAUAAUACAAAUAAUAUCUCAUCAAAUUUGUGACAGUGAAAUCAAAAAGUUAUCUUUUUGUUGGUUUCGUUCAUGUGCUUUGUACAGUACUCGGCGAGAUUGCGGUAGACAUAUUAUUUUCAAUGUAUUAUAGGUACUUAAAACAUACUAUACCUUUGAAAAAUACAACACACGAUACCUCACCACUCAACCAUUUUGUAGAUGACUGGAUUAGCUACCACGGAAAAACUUACACCUCUAAACACAAUCAUCGGCCUAUAGAAGACUGGAAUAGAGCUGGUGUCGUAUACAAUCCAAGACUGAGUGAUCGAGGCUACCCACAUCCAUUGAUCGAGUUCAUUUUUCUAAGUUCCAAAUUUCCCAAGAAUGAACAUACGAAAAGAAAAUGGCUCAAAGCUAUAGGAAUUGACCGCUGUCAUGAAUGGCAAUGUGUAUGUAGUGAUCAUUUUUUAGAAGAAAAUUAUAAGCGAAGAUAUUGUGGAAUUUUAUUACGUAACCCUAUUCCCCAACCUUAUGAUCGAAAUGGUUUUCCUUCAAAUUAUGCUACUCAAAGUAAUGAUGUUGAAACUGGAAAUAAUGUAAUUUUACCAAUGGAAACAAAUAUUAUAAGAGAGGAACAUAUUGAAAAUGCUGCUGUAUAUAAUUUUAAUUCACCCGUACGGACUGCUAGACUUACUAGAAACAAUGAGGAAUAGUCGAUUGGUGAAAAGAAAAAUCUCUUUCAGAACUGAGAAGAACAAUGGCUUUAUAACUUUUUUAUGUGAAUUCUGCUUAUAACAGAAUUGUAAAUUAAAUUGUUGUAAUUUAUGUAUUAUAAAAAUAAUCAUUAGUUAAUAAAUGUUAUACUAUAUUUGUAUUAAUAUUAUUACUUUUUAAUAAUUAAGUAAGAGCAACAAAAUUAUAGCUCUGAAACAUUUAAAUGUUUGACAUUUAAUCAUAUUAACUAUAAACAUUUAAACAGCAUACUUGAAUAAUGUCAAUUGUUUAUCUGUAUAGGUUUCAUAUUACUUUAUGCAAACAAUUUAUCACAUAUUAAAACAAAAUGUAUCAACCUAUUCAUUGUUGUAAUAUAGGUAAUAAUUUUCUUAAUUUUAGGAUACUUAAGUUUGUACACAUUUUCAUUGUUUUAUUUUAUUUUAUUUUUUUGUUAAUGAAGUUUAUUAAUUAAUUUAUAAUAUUUGCUAUAGUUCUGUAACAGUUAGAUACUUGAAUGAAUAAUGUCAAUUGUUUAUCUGUAAAGGUUUCAUAUUACUCUAUGGAAACAAUUUAACACAUUUUAAAACAAAAUGUAUCAACUUAUUUAUUGUUGUAAUAUAGGUAAUAAUUUUCUUAGUAUUUUAGAAUACUUAAGUAUGUACAUAUUUUCAUUGUUUUGUUUUUUUUUUGUUAAUGAAGUUUAUUUAUUAAUUUAUAAUAUUUGCUACAGUUCUGUAACAGUUUACAGAUUAUUGUAUUUUGAACCGUCUAUAUUAUAGACUCAAUAAGACAGAAGUUUUUACAACAAUGAUAAGCUACAGUAAAUGGAUUAAAAAAUAAUAUUUUAAAAAUAUUGAGUUGGUUGCUGUUAGUAUAAACUUUAUGAUCAAAACUAUUAUUAAUUGUUGUAAUUACCAUGGAAAAAUAUAUUGAGUUAACUCUGUUUUAAAAAAAAGCUUUUACUUUUUUAAAUUAGUUUGUGGAUCACAUAAAGACUUUCUUUUAUAUUGAGCCUUUGAAUGUACAAUGUACCUACAUGCCUAUAACACCUACAUCAUUUUUACGUCAAACUAUACACCACUCAAUUAAUUAUCUAAAAAAUAUAUAUCAAUGUGCUAUAAAGGUCUUAAUUUAAUAUUAAG